AUGUGGCCAUCUCCACAAAGCUCAAAAUGUCAAGCCUUUUCACCUAACUUCCCACCCCGUGAGCGAAUAAAAAAAAUCUUGUUCGCUCACGGAGGGGGGUUAAUUUUUUUUUUUAAAGAAUUUAUAUAUAAAUUUUAAAGAAAUAAAAUUUUUUCGAAAUUUAAAAAAAUCCCACUUUUCGAAAAUUGAAAAGUAAAUAUUAAUUUAAUUUAUAAAAUUUAUGUUUUAAAACGCAAUUUGUUUAAAAUUAAACAGAAUUAACUCGAAAUUUAAUGAUACUAGUUAUCACUUAUAUAUCAAAUUUUUUCCUAACUCCCCCCCCCCCCCUCCGUGAGCGAACACAAAACCAUUAGAAAAAUCGCCAUUUUUUGACCAAAAACCCACCCUCCGUGAGUGAACAAAAAUUUUUUUAAUAGAAAAAAAUUUUAAUGGAAAAAAAUUUUGAUAUAUAAGUGAUAAUUAGUAUAAUGAAAUCUAGAGCUAAUUCUGUUUAAUUUUAAACAAAUUGCGUUUUAAAACAUAAAUUUUGCAAAUUAAAUUAAUAUUUGCUUCCCAAUUUUUGCAAAUUAGGAUUUUUUUAAAUUUCGAAAAAAAUAUUUUUUAUAAAAUUUAUAUAUAAAUUUUUUUUAAAAAAAAAAAUUAACCCCCUCCGUGAGCGAACAAAAUUUUUUUGUUCGCUCACGGGGGGGGGGGGGAGUAAAAAAAUUUUUGUUCGCCAAGAGAGGGUGGGAUUUUGGGCAAAAAAAUAGGGAUUUUCUAAUGGUUUUGUUCGCUCACGGAAGGGGGGAGUAAGAUAAAUUCUCGGCUUGUAGCGAGGCGUGAAACAUCUUUAUAUACAGCUGAUUCCUUUACAAAAUCAAGAAUUCAUUCACGAGAUUUAUCUGAAUUUUCAAAUUCAUUUGAUAUGACUUAUUCAAAUACUUCACAUACCCCAACAAGUCGGCAAAACUACGAUUUAAUGUACCUGAAAGAAUACAAACAAAUUGAAGGAGAAUUAGAUAAAGACGAAAUUGAUAUGAAAACUUACAAUUUCUCUGAUAAAUAUGACUAUGAAAAUGCAGCUAAAGAAUUUAAUGCUUAUUUUCGCUUUUUAGAAAAUCUUGGGUACUUAACAAAGAAAAAAGACCAGAGAUUAAGUGCUAGUCUAUUUAGAGGCUUAUUAGGGGUCGAAAAAACAUUUAAAAAAUUAAUUAGCCAAGAAAGCACACAUAUAAAGCCAGCUGUAAUUGAGCCAAAGAAAAAGAUAAAGUUAAAAGAAAUCUCGACGCAGACUCAGGAAAUAAUAAUAGAUGAUACUAUUGCGAUGACUGAAGAAGAAUUGGAAACUUUGAAAAAAUUAAGAAUGAAGCUUGAAAAAAUUAAAUUUUCCAAAAUAAGUCUUAGACUUUGUGAUUUAUAUGACUCUCUUAUAAAAAUAAACACAGAAAUCCCUGAACUAUCAUUUGAGCCUGAAACUGUUGAAUUUGAGAGCUUAAAUAUCAUAAGAGAUUUAGAAACCAACGUCAAACAGUUCCAAUCAGGAAUUAAAAAUCGGCUUUCUCAGUUAUGAGCAAAAAAAGUCUUUGACAUAGAGUGUCAAACUGAAUUUAUUGAGCAGACUUCUCAAGCAAUUAUUCCUGACAAUAAAUAUGAAGACCUAGAAAUUCAAAUCGGGCAUCUUCGACAAAGAUAUGAUAGGGUUGUUCAUGAUAAAUCUAAACUUGAAGAAGAAUUUCAUAGGAACAAUUUAAUCUGCCAAGACAUUGCUAAACGUUAUAAUGAUUUAGAAAAAGAAAGCUUCACCUAUGAAGAGAAAAAAAAAUAUUUAGAAGACGCAAUAAAAUUAUUAACUCCCUCCCUCCGUGAGUGAACAAAACCAUUAGAAAAAUCGCUAUUUUUUCUCAAAAACCCACCCUCCGUGAGUGAACAAAAAUUUUUUUAUGGAAAAAAAUUUUGAUAUAUAAAUGAUAGUUGGUAUAAUGAAAUCUAGAGCUGAUUUUGUUUUAUUUUAAACGAAUUGCUUUUUAAAGCAUAAAUUUUAUAAAUUAAAUUAAUAUUUGCUUUCAUUUUUUUUGCGAAUUAGGAUUUUUUUAAAUUUCGAAGAAAAAAAAAUUUUUAUAAAAUUUAUAUAUAAAUUUUUUUAAAAAAAAAUUAACCCCCCUCCGUGAGUGAACAAAAUUUUUUUGUUCACUCACGGAGGGGGGGGGAGUAAGGCAAAAAAUUACAGACCUCUCAGAAAAUUUAAAUAGAAAAAGAAAGAAAAAAAUUAUCAUUAAGAAAAAAAUAGAGGACCUUAAUGUAAUUUUGACUGGAAAAAGGACGAGGCUUAAUCAUCUGCUUAAUGAUAUUUACCAAAUUAAAAUCCAUUGGAGAGUUUCUCAAGAAAAGUUACACCAAAUUAUGGAAGCGUGAGAAAAAACGACUGGGGUACCAUUUGAUUUUAAUGUAAAUAUAGAUCAAAUUAUUGAGAAGUACAAUAUAAAGAAAAGUGACUCAGAAGCAAGUAUCCACUUGUCAGAUGACGAUGAGGUAGAAAAAAUAGGCCCACAAAAAGAAGUAAAAUCCAUUAAAAAAAAUAAAAAAAUAUCAUCACCUGAGUCUUCUGGAUUAUCUCAAGAAGAAAGUAUCAGCAGUGAAGAAAACAAAAAUUCUGCUGAAAUCCCUGAGAAAAUUGGAAAAUCUCGUCGAAUACAAAGGAGAACCAGAAAAUUCGCCCAAACUCAGCCUGAAAAAUUAGCUUCUCGGCAAAACACAAAUGAGUCAACCAGACAUUCUGAAGAAAAAAAAAUAAUAAAAAAGCCAUCAAAAAUAUUUUCAACACCAACUUCAAAAGAAGGAAAUUUAAAUGCAGAUUCUAACAAAUUAGCUACACCCCAUCAUGAAAAUAAUUUAAAUACUAGCAAAUUAUUAUCUAAAAGAAUUAUAAGAGAAGAAAGUGCAGAAAUUUGCCAAAAUACUCCAAGCACUUUUGAAAAUACUAAUAGCCGGCUCAUAGAAAGCCCUGAAGAUUUAUUUAUUUCUUCUUUAAAUGAAAAUCAGCUUCAAUUAUAUUUAAAGUUAAAAGAGCAAUUAGAAAAUGACGCUUUGUAUAAAAAACAACAGAAGUUAUUGCAUAAUUCAAAAUGGACUCAAUAUAUAUUGUGCUGAAUUAAGCAUAUUAAUUUAGCUGUAGCCAUUUUAUUAAUAAAUUUAAAAAUAAGGUAUCUUAUUAUUACUAUAGAACAGUGAUGAUCUGCAGCUUAAUUAAAUGCAUCAUACCUGCGAAUUUACAACUUUAUACACCCCAAGAAGCCGCUCCAAAAGUCGCUCUAUUUCACGACCCAAGAGGCCUUAUACAAGAGCUGAAGGUGACACCUUGUUUGUCGGAAACCCCAAAGUACUUAUCCAUAAACCUGCCAUUCUAGAUAACUUCAAUAUAGAAUACCAAGGAAACUUAGACCCAGCAAAAGCUAAAAAAUUAAGAGGGAUAGGCAUGCUUAUCAGCAUAUUUAAAGGUGACCCAGAUUUUGAAUUUUUAUCACCUAAUAUUAAGAAAGAGAUGAUUAAAUGCUUAGAUGGACACGAUGAUAAAAGGUGUAGUGAAGAGUGCAUUCAUUUAAAAAGAGUUUUACAAGUAAGGGCAAGGUCACGAGGAGUCCCUUAUCCGAUAAAAACUUCAUCAAUUGAUGCUGAUUUAUAA